AUGCCGCAGGACACAUGUUCUGGGUGGCUCACCAAACAGGGUGGGCGUGUCAAGUCUUGGAAGAAGCGAUGGUUCACACUGCGCGGCGUGCAGCUCCUCUACUUCAAAGACCCAUCUGACUUCAAGCCGCUUGGUGCCAUCACGCUGGCAGAUCGCCGGCCCACGACCAACCCGUUCAACAGCAAAGUCACCUGCGAGGUGCGGUUUGUGCCAGAAGAUGAGGAGCCCAAGAAAGCCAACUGCUUUGAGAUCAAAUCGAGCGAUUCGACACAGCGCACCUUCUACUGCUACGCACCAAGCGCCAAAGAAGCAGAUCGCUGGAUGGAUGCACUCACACGCGUCGUCUACGGCAGCCGAGGCGGCGGCAUGUUUGGCACUGACCUCGCUGUUCAGCUUAUCCGAGAGUUAUGCUGUGGACGGCCUCACCACGCUCACCUGACGCCUUGGCUGCACCAACACGGUAUCCGCGACACGCCGCUCGUGCACGCCCUCACCAUGGCCCUCAUCAGGGACCACGAGUCGUACUUUGCCGUCAUGCCCGCGCAGCGCCCUUGUGCUGGCUCACCACCACCACCACCACCGCCACCAUCUCCACCACCGCUGCUGCUGUCAGCGCGUGCGCCGUCACUGCCCACGACCGAGCACGCCCACCCACCGCUUUACGACGAAUUUGAUGUCGACGACGACGCAGACACGGACCACGAGUCGUACUUUGCCGUCAUGCCCGCGCCGUCAUCGCCUGCGCCGUCACUGCCCACGACCGAGCACGCCCACCCACCGCUCUACGACGACUUUGAUGUCGACGACGACGCAGACACAUCAAAGGCAACGUCCGGCCACACGAGCCGCCGCGCAACAGCGUGA